GAUAAAGUGUCCAAACACUGAGGGAAACUCCUGCGGAAGCGACUGAUCUCCACACUGUUAUAAAGAUGGCGUUUAUUAAAGAGGAGAGUGAAGACCUGAAGAUUGAAGAAACAUUCAGUGUCAAACUUGAAGAUCCGCAGGAACAAACAGAGCUGAUGGUGCUGAAAGAAGAGACUCAAGAACUGAAUGAAAUGGAAGAGGAAGAUCAGUUUGAGAAACACCAAGAGUUAAUGACUGAUGAAAUAUCUACUAAGACAGAAAACACUUUGUCAUGUAAAAAAGCUCAGAAGACAAGGUCUAACGGUUGCUUUACCUGCUGUAAAUGCGGGGAAAGAUUCACUAGUAAAUUAAAACUUGAAUCCCACAUGAAAACUCACAAAAGAGAAUCGACACCUUGCACUUGUCCUCAAUGCGGAAAGAGCUUUACUCAGAAACAUCACCUUAAAGUCCACAUGAGAAUUCACACUGGAGAGAAGCCUUACAUUUGCCAACAGUGUGGAAAGAGAUUCAAUCAGUCGCAGACCCUUAAAAUUCACGUUACAAUUCACACAGGAGAGAAGCCUUACACCUGUACUCAGUGUGGAAAGAGCUUCAGUCAGAAGUCAAACCUUGACAUCCACAUGAGGAUUCACACCGGAGAGAAGCCGUUCGCCUGCCAACACUGUGGGAUGAGAUUCCGGCAAUUGCAAGUCCUUAAAGAGCACGUUACCGUUCACACCGGAGAGAAGCCUUUCACCUGCCCUCAGUGCCAGAAGAGUUUCCGAUUAAAACAAGCACUUGAGAUACACAUGAGAAUUCACACCGGAGAGAAACCAUUCUCGUGCCAACAGUGCGGAAGGAGUUUUUCUCAAAUACAAAGCAUUAAACACCACAUGAAAACUCACACCGGAGAGAAACCUUACAAUUGCCAACAGUGCGGGAAACACUUUACACGUAAAACAUCCCUUAACGCUCACAUGAACAGUCACACUGGAGAGAGGCAGUUCAGUUGUGGUCAGUGUGGAAAGAGUUUCGCUCGUAAAUAUACUCUUAGUAAGCAUAUGAGGAUGCACUCAUAGGAGAAAUGUUUUAUAUGCUAUGAUUGCGGAAAGAGUUUCAGUCAUAAAACGAGCUUCAACACUCACAAGAGGCUCCACGCUGAAGAACAGACACAGGAACUUUGCUCAAGUUCAAUUUGAGAUUAAAAAACUAAACCAGCAGACUGUUAAUGUUCAUGUAAGGCCCUGUCCACACAUUUCAUUUUUAUGAAAUCAGCCUCUUCUACUUUUUAAAAAUUGGUCCACAAGAAAACACACAAAAAACAUUCUAAUGGUGCGUUCACACCAGACGCGGAUGAGAAGCUUCAAUCGUAAGCGAUUUACAUGUUAAGUCAAUUGAAAAAUGUGAUCAGACAUCCUGCAGCGCGAUUCAUGCGAAUGAGGUGAUGCGAAUUGAGCACUUUGGGUCCUUGACGCGAUUAGCAUGAUUUGUAUGAAUUUGGACAUUCGCGCUGCCUUAACCAAUCAGGAGCUUGCUCUUGUAGGGGCGUGAUUAUGACGUAGCGCCUGUUGUUAGAGUCUUGAGGGGAAAUCCUCCUGCUGACAUUGGACAACAGCUUAUCAAACUGGGACCAGCUCUGUUGGAAGAACCAAUAAAAGCCUUCGUUAUCCAGCUGCAACUUCUGGAGGAGUUUAGGAACUCGCAGAGCUGGUUGCACCUCUGAUAGGUCCAUAUCUGGAGCUAAACAAAAAAAUUACGCUAUUUUCAGCCUUUAUCGACCACAUAAAGCACAUCUACUCUCUUGAUCAUAGGUCUCAAACUGGAUUCCUGGAGGGCCGCAG